CUCCCGCUCCUCCUCCCCGUCCCGCCCGCCCAUGAGGUGCCUCAGCACCGGCAGCGCCGGGUGUACACAGAUCUUGGAACUUUUUUCUGUCUUUUUUCUUCGUUAGUUGAAUGACCUGUAUCCUGCUGACCAAGCAACUACAUCUGAGGUUUAUGGUUUUUUCCUUCCUCGUUGGAAGAGCACAGUAGUGGCUCUGUGUUCACUCAAUGUCAUUUUGCUGCUAAUGGGUGUAAGUAAAUUAGACGUCUUAUACAGAAAGCUUCUCCUCACUAAACUUUUCAUCAGAGGAUGGGGAAAGCCAGAGGAUCUGAAAAGAAUAUUUGAAUUCAGAAAGCUAAUUGGGAACAGGGAAAAAUGCCAGACCCUGGUUUCAAAAGAUUACCCAGUGUUCAUUGACAAGGUUGAGGAGCAAUCUGACUGUAGAAUCUUGGAGGGACACUUCAUUUCCCCAUUGGCUCAUUGUGUCCCAGGCAUCCUACCAGUUGAAUCUCUUGUAGCAAGGUUCCAGUUCAUCAUCCCCAGAAGAUGGAAUAGCAAGCACAGGCCUGUAUGCAUUCAUUUAGCAGGCACUGGAGAUCACCACUUCUGGAGGAGACGCACAUUAAUGGCACGCCCGAUGAUUAAAGAAGCUUGUAUGGCUUCCCUACUGCUAGAAAAUCCUUAUUAUGGCAGUAGAAAACCUAAGGAUCAGUUGAGGUCAUGCUUAAAAAAUGUCUCGGACCUGUUUGUGAUGGGAGGAGCUCUUGUUCUAGAGUCAGCAGCUCUUUUGCACUGGCUAGAGAGAGAAGGCUAUGGACCUCUAGGGAUGACUGGAAUAUCCAUGGGAGGACAUAUGGCUUCCCUGGCAGUGACAAACUGGCCUAAACCAUUGCCACUGAUUCCAUGUCUUUCCUGGUCAACAGCUUCUGCAGUCUUUACUACGGGUGUGUUGAGCAAGGCAGUGAACUGGAGAGAGCUAGAGAAACAGUAUUUUACAGAAACUGUUUAUGAAGAAGAGAUAAUCCAAAUGCUGGAAUACUGUGGAACGGAUUCUUUCAAGAUGGGACAAGACUUUGUUAAAAACUUCCCUGACAGUGUGGACAGUCUUGUGGAUGUGGAUGUGACUUCCAGGAUGUUUGACUUUGAUUCCUCAAACAAGACUGUGUCUAAAGAGGCUGUUCACAGCUUUGCCACAAAUAAAAGUGCCUCAUCAGAAAGACUGCUAAUGCAAGAUUCACCUCAAAUGCAGUCUAUAAAUCAAACGUUUUCAACCAGUGUCAGUAAAAAUGUAACCAGCCCACAAGAACACAGGAUAAAUAAAAGAAGAAAGAGUGACACUUUACAGAGAGAAUCCUUGCGGUUCAUGAAAGGAGUAAUGGAUGAAUGUACCCAUGUAGCUAAUUUCUCAGUUCCAGUUGACCCAAGUUUAAUCAUAGUUGUGCAGGCUAAGGAGGAUGCAUAUAUUCCUCGGACUGGGGUACGCAGUCUGCAAGAAAUCUGGCCUGGAUGUGAGAUCAGGUAUCUGGAUGGAGGCCAUAUCAGUGCCUACCUUUUCAAACAAGGACUAUUUAGACAAGCAAUUUAUGAUGCAUUCAACCGCUUUCUUCAGAAGUAUGCAGUUUAAAAGUCUUCAUAAGGUGUUCAAACUGAUAGCAUUUUACUUCUGCUUUCUGGAAAUCACAUUUGGAAAACAGGCCUCUUGCAACAUUGAGUAGAAGAUCACUGGCUUUGUUAUAGGUAACAAUUAUCAGAAAUGGUUAAGUAUCAUCAUUACUUGAAUCUCAACCAAAAGCUGUUAGUGCAUGGAUGGUUCCUGUACUUCAUGUUUUAUCACUUUGUGUAUUCCUUUAACUCUGAAUAAUUUCUCAAUUGUGUAUCAGUGGAAAACAAACCAAGCUGAAUAUUGAAAGAAUGUAAAAUUUGCUGCAGGGCUAAGAUCCUGCCUUGCAUUUGGUGUAUUUCUAGUUUGUUCAGGUACCUAGUUUUCCUCAUGCUUCCUUGUGUUGUACUAUGGCUUUGCCAGCCCUCAGCCUCUGCUUUGUCACUGGUUUUCUCUGUUAUCACUUGAAAAUGAGCUGUAACAUAAAGGGCAUCACAAGGCUUGCAAAACGAGGCUUUCAGAACUGGGUGGAGAGAAAUAUAUUUUUAUUCAGUGCAUCCCUGGGCCUUUUCUGCCACUGCAGUAAGCCAUGCUGUUCCAGAAGGAUCCUGUAGCAAUUCAUUGAUCAGCUUCACAAAACUGCAGUAAGUGGAAAUGGAGUGUCUAGUAAUUAAUUGUUUACAUGCACUGACUUGAGUUGAUUGUUUUUCAGAAUGUUAGAGGAAAUAAAAAUUGUUUUUCAGAAUGUUAGAGGAAAUAAAAAUGCAAUAAUAUUUCUGUGGAAGCAGUGGCACAAAAAGUCUGGUUCUAAGCAGUUAAAUCAACAGCAGAUUAUAUGGUGCUAUACAGACUGUUGGGAAUACUUCAACAGAUCCUUUUUAAAGUGCACUCAACACUGAAAUGCAAAAUAUCUGUGAGACUAAAGGUUAUCAAAACAGUUAGGUUAGCUUCUUAUUUUUCAAGGAUGUCACUUUAAUUGGAUGGAAAAUUACAAAAAUUAUGAUUAUGAGAGUGUUCAAGAAAAUCCAGAGUUUGGUGUUUCUUCUUUUAGGAUAAAAAAUGGCAACAAGUUACAGUAGAGUAUAAGAUUGUCAUGCAGCACCUGUAUAUGCUAUCUCCCCACACCUUAUUUUGUUGUAAUCUCUUGUAACAUUAUUUUAAAGCUAUUUUGCAGUGAAACUGAAAACUGAAACACUUCAUUAUUAAUUGCAGUACAGUAAUGACCAGAGUUACCAGAAACAAACAGGAAAAUGUGACUUGUACACCUUUCAAAUCAAGCAUUUCAUUGAUCUCUGUGGUUAGUGCAGUGAUUUUUGAUAGGCAGAAAACAAUACAAAGCAAGCUCAGUUUAGGUAAAGAUACUCUAGAAUUUUAGUCUGGUAGACAUGACUACUGACCAGGAAGAAACCAUGGUCCACUUGAAAACCAGAGAAGUUGAGGUAAAACUGAAGUGCAACAGUUUGUAAUAACCCAGGUUAUUUAACAUAGGAAUUCCCUGAAAAUGCAAAAGGAGUUAAAUUAUGUUGGAAGUGAAGUUACUUGUUUUUUUCAUUGUUCUUCAGACAGUGUUGGCCUUGAUGUAGAAUCGGAAGCAAGUGUCAAACAACUAGCACGUUUAAAUACAGUAAUACACUGAAUUUUGGGAAGUUUGAAAUCAAAUCUAAGCUUACAAUUUUAAAAUUGAAGGCUUGAGUGGUAUACUGAAAGAUUUAUGGGGAUUACAUUUUACAUGCUUGUUAAUCAACUAAGAGUGUUCUACAUGACCACUGCCUGCUGUUCCCCAACUUUUAACUGUAUUUUUGUGUGCUUUAUGUCUUGUUUCUGUUGCAGUUAUGAGAAAGGGAUAUAACUGGUGGCAAGGGAGAGGGCUUGAAUAAAUGGAAGAGAGAAAAGGCAGAUUUUGUAAGGUGGAAAGUAAGCAAGUUCUUCUCUAUGCUACAGAGUAUAACAUGCCAAAGUAAAUAUUUUCAAAGUGCACAAUACUAGGAAUUACACAGCUGAUGGGAACUUGACAUCCUGAGGUUAGUGUUCUGAUAAUAUUACUAACAGGGUUUAACUUGCCAAAAGGGCAUACUAUUCACUGAGGCAGCUUUAUGCUAAUUAACUCCUGUUUGUGACAGUGUUUUUUGGAGUAACUAGUGAAAAGAGUUGUCUCUGACAAGAGUGAGAAGUCACACUUUGCUAUGUAACUCAAGUAAUGUUGCCAAAUAUGAAAGCCCAGUAAGAAGUAUUAAUUUCUCAGGUUAGAAUAACAAAAAGGACAGAUGAGCUCUGUGGUCUAAUUCUGCCAGUUAUCAGACACAGGAAGCUAUUAGCUGGACUGGGAAGGAGAAUUUUUGCUGUGCAAAUGUUUUUUAACCUUUGAAAAACUGACCUUUUUAAACUGCAUCUUAAGGUUAAAUUCUAAGCAAGCAUUGUUAAUUAUCCAUUUUGAUGUUAAAUGAGAAUGUGAUUUUAAUCCAGCAAUUGCAUGCGAAAAAUGUUGGAAUAAAGUUCCUGCACUAAAUCCAAAGAGCAGGUAAGCCAUUCUGUAUGUCUUCAAUUUACUGUAAAACUGGCCUUGAUAAUUUUUUUGGUUUUAAUGUUUUUCAAUAAAAAUCCUGAAAAAGUAA